GGUAGAAAAAAACAAAACGGCAAAAGCAAUCGAAGGAGAGAAUGGCAAGGUGAGCUCCUUGGUUGUUUCACACUCCCAACCUCCUCGUCCCCCUUCCCCUCGUUUUCCCCCAAAUUCCGCUCCUAAACCCUCCCUCUCCUCUCACUCCGGCCGCGAUUCUCCCGCCGCCCCGGCGAUGGUCCCGAUCUAAGCAUGUCCGACGCCGACGGCUUCGGUUGCGAGCACCGCCGACCCUCCAAGCGCCGCCGCGACGGGCCCGAUCAUGCCCUCCUCCCGGUGUCCCGAGAGGUGCUGAUGGGCCACCCCGAUGACCCCGCCGCCGCCGCCGCCGCCGUGGGGGCGGAAUCCUCCUCGGCCUCGUCAUACCUCGGGGUUGUGGCGGCCGCCGCGUCCGCCUCCGCCUCCGCGGCGGGGGGUUUCUCCUGCGGGGCCCACUUCUUCGUGCGGGCCACCGACUCGAGGACCGUGUCGAUGCACGCGGCGUGGGGGGACACCGUGGGCGCCGUGCUCGCGCACCUCGCCGACCGGGGGUACGGCCGCGACCUCCGCCUCGUCUACGCCGGGAGGCAGCUCGCGCCGGAGACCGCCCUCGCCGACCUCCGCCUCCCGCCGGACUCCACGCUGCACCUCCUCUCCCGCCUCCGCUCCACCCCCUACCCGGACGCGUGGCAGCUCGCUUCCUACAUCGCCUCCACCGCCGCCGCCGCCAAGUCCGACCCCGCCCACACCAGCUCCGCCGCCAACAUCAACGAGCUCGUCAAGGAGUUCAUCCUCUGCGCGCACCGAGCCAACAUGCGGCAGCGCCAUGAUCGCGACUCCCCCCUCUUCGAUGCCCAACCCACGGGGGACCACGCGGCGCAGUACCUCGAGAUUUUCCGCCAGGCGGGCGCCCCCUUCGCGCUGGUUCGCCUCUACGCCGCUAAUCCCUCCUCCGCCUCCCACCAUCACGCGGAGAACGCCAUCAAAUGCUUCCUCACCAUGGAUCCUUCGGCCUUGCCACCCGACGUGCUGCCGGUCAUGGCGCCGGUGCUGCUUGAAUUUUGCGGGUUGCUCUCUUUUUCUGUGGGCAAGAGGGAUGAACUCUAUAUAUCAUCCCGUUCUAUGCUUGCAACAGUGCUCAGCUUGCCUUCUGGGCUUCCCCCUUGCAUCAAGUCACCUUCCAAGCUGAUCGAGCAGGUCCUUCCGUUUGCUGAAGAAAUAGUGGGAGUGGUUAUGGACGAACUUGCAUCACUGGAUAUGACUGUGUCAUCCAAAAACCUUGAAGACCUCUCAAAUUUCUUUAAAGUGCUGCGCCAGCAGGCACUCCGUUGGGUUCCCAAUGGGGGGCCAUUGCCCAAGAAUCUGUAUAACAGUGAGCGUGGGCAUAAUGACACGUGGGUGUGGAAGUUGCACGAAAUGUCAAUGAACUUAUUGAACAGGGUGGAUGAGUGCUUGAAGAGGUUGGAAAUGGAUCUGUCCUUGUCAUCGGAGAACAGAGGGGUCAAUAUAAGUCAAUCUCGAUGGGUUGCCCGGUCACAUAUGCUGGUCAUGCUGACACAACUAGAUUUUAUAUCGAUGAUUUAUGAGGAUUUGGCACAUAACCUACGGCUUGUGUUGCUGGCACACAGAGAUCCUCUCAAUGCCCUCGUGCGCUGUUCCAAGAGGAAUGAGCAUCUCCACUGGCUUGUGAAGCAUAAAGACCUCCUUUGCUUUGAAUCAAGAAGGAAUUUAGUCUUGAUGAUGCUACCUGAGGGAAAGGAUGAAUACGGGGAGCUUCAUGAGAUGUUGAUUGAUCGGCAACACUUAUUGGACGAGUCCUUUGAAUACAUUAUACAGGCCAGACCCAGUGAGCUUCGCAGUGGGCUAUUUAUGGAGUUUAAGAAUGAGGAAGCGACAGGCCCUGGAGUUCUGAGGGAAUGGUUCUGCAUGGUGUGUCAAGCUCUUUUCAGCCCGCAGCAAGUUCUCUUCUCGCCUUGUCCUAGUGAUCGACAGAGGUUCUUCUUGAACGGAACAUCUGCUGUGGAUCCACUGCACCUGAAAUACUUCAUAUUUUCAGGACGAAUAAUUGGAUUAGCAUUGAUGCAUAGAGUUCAAGUAGGGAUCACAUUGGACCGCACAUUAUUCUUGCAUCUUGCUGGGAGAAGUAUUAAAUUGGAAGAUAUUUCUGCUGCAGACCCUGUCAUGUAUGCAAGCUGUAAAAGAAUUUUAGAGAUGGAUGCUGCUGUUGUUGAUGGUCUUGAACUAACAUUUUCCCGAGAUGUUCAUGAAUUAGGGUCUCGAAGGACUAUUGAGCUUUGCUCAGGAGGGAAGGAUCUCCAUGUAAAUAUCAGGAACAGAGAGCUUUAUAUUGACCUUCUUAUUAAGAGUACCUUCGUGGAUUCCAUAUCAGUUCAGUUAACCCAUUUCGUGCGCGGAUUUAGUGACAUUCUAGUUGAUCCGGAACUCCAGAAAGUAUUUUUUGAGUUUUUGGAUCUAGAAGACUUCGACGGAAUGCUAGGGGGAAGCCACAAAACUAUAAAUCUGGAAGAUUGGAAAUUACAUACUCCAUAAAGCGCUCACAAA